GAAUCUUUCAAAGAAAUACCAACCCAAGAAGAACUCGAAGGAAGAAGAAGAAUACAAGUACACGGCAUGUAAAGCGUUUCUUUCCACCUUGAAUGAGAUGAAUGACUAUGCCGGGCAGCAUGAGGUCAUCUCCGAGAACAUGACAUCGCAGAUCACGGUGGACCUGAUGCGAUAUGUACAGGAGCUCAAGCAAGAAAGGAAAUCGAACUUCCAUGAUGGACGGAAGGCCCAGCAGCACAUCGAGACAUGCUGGAAGCAGCUAGAGUCGAGUAAGAGGCGGUUUGAGCGUGACUGCAAGGAGGCCGACCGUGCACAACAGUACUUUGAGAAGAUGGAUGCCGACAUCAACGUGACCAAGGCCGACGUGGAAAAGGCACGACAGCAAGCUCAACUACGUCACCAAAUGGCAGAGGACAGCAAAGCCGAUUACUCCUCCAUCCUUCAGAGAUUCAACCAGGAGCAGUGGGAGUACUACCAUACCCACAUCCCCAACAUCUUCCAGAAAAUACAAGAGAUGGAGGAAAGGCGGAUUGUGCGCAUCGGAGAGUCCAUGAAAACAUACGCUGAGGUGGACCGGCAGGUGAUACCCAUCAUCGGGAAAUGCCUGGACGGUAUAGUGAAGGCGGCCGAGUCUAUCGACCAGAAAAAUGACUCCCAGCUGGUAGUUGAAGCCUACAAGUCAGGGUUCGAGCCUCCCGGAGACAUUGAAUUUGAAGACUACACACAGCCGAUGAAACGCACGGUUUCAGAAAACAGCCUUUCCAGCUCCAAAGAAGGCAAGCCAGAGCUCAAGUUUGGCGGCAAGUCCAGAGGCAAGCUGUGGCCAUUCAUCAAGAAAAACAAGCUUAUGUCCCUUUUAACAUCCCCCCAUCAGCCUCCCCCUCCUCCCCCUGCCUCUGCCUCACCCUCUGCUGUUCCCAACGGCCCCCAGUCUCCCAAGCAGCAAAAGGAACCCCUCUCCCACCGCUUCAACGAGUUCAUGACCUCCAAACCCAAAAUCCACUGCUUCCGGAGCCUAAAGCGUGGGCUUUCUCUCAAGCUGGGUGCCACACCAGAAGACUUCAGCAACCUUCCCCCUGAGCAGAGGAGGAAAAAGCUGCAGCAGAAAGUUGAUGAGCUCAAUAAAGAGAUCCAAAAGGAGACGGAUCAGAGGGACGCCAUCACCAAAAUGAAAGAUGUGUACCUCAAGAACCCUCAGAUGGGAGACCCGGCCAGCUUGGACCACAAACUUGCUGAAGCCACCCAGAACAUAGAGAAACUGCGGCUGGAGACACAGAAGUUUGAGGCCUGGCUGGCUGAGGUGGAAGGCAGACUCCCAGCACGGAGUGAUCAGGCACGCCGGCAGAGCGGAAUGUAUGACGGUCAGACACACCAGACAGUCACUAAUUGCGCCCAAGACCGGGAGAGCAGCCCAGAUGGUAGUUACACAGAAGAGCAAAGCCAGGAGAGCGAGCUCAAGGUGCUGGCCACGGACGAUGACGAAUUUGAUGAGGAGGAGCCGCUUCCUGCCAUUGGGACCUGCAAGGCCCUCUAUACAUUUGAAGGUCAGAAUGAAGGCACCAUUUCCGUGGUAGAAGGAGAAAUGCUGAGCGUCAUUGAGGAGGACAAGGGUGAUGGGUGGACUCGUAUCCGCAGAAAUGAAGACGAGGAGGGCUAUGUCCCUACUUCCUACGUCGAAGUCUAUUUAGACAAAAACGCCAAAGGUUCCUAAAGGCAGUGCACAUGGCCAGAGUUCCCCUGUGAGCCUCCCCAGGAGCCACCAUCGUCCAGCCCUCUUGUCCCCACAGGCCUCCAGCGCCACCCAGGCUGGCUGGGCAUCCUCCAGCUCAUCUGCAAGCUGGGUCCCCAUGCCCCACUUCCCUUUCUCGUCAUAGCAUGCUCCCAUGACUCUGCCAUUCCCUCUACUCAUUGUAUUGGCGGGGGCAUUUCUCUUCCUCAGCCCCACACAGGGGGUGUCCGCCACACUCCAGUCCCCAUCCACACAGGCCACAAAGACAUCUGGACUUGUGCCCAUGUGUCCCCAUGUGUCCCUACUCCUGGGCUCCCAGUCCACCUGCAGAUCGCCUGGCCAGGCCUUGCACAUUUCACACCGUGCCUUUUUGUCAGCCGUCGCCACUGGUUUCCUGGGUGACCACCAGAAUCCAGACAAGGAGGGCCAGUCAUGCAUUGGGUGGACUGAGCACCCACCUGUCUCCCUGUGUCUCUUGGGACAUCAGCAGAUAUGUCCUUCUUUCCAGAGGUUGCUGCCUCAGCCCCUCCUGGUCACCCACCCUCCAACAUCUCAGCACUGACACCUCCCAUACUCCAUCCCAGUGGGUCUAUGGUGGGACUGAGGUAUCCAUCCCCACCCACCCCCACUCUGGUUCUAACCCGUCUACAUGGCCCAGGAAGUUAACAUUGAAGUCCCAACUCCAGCUUGUGGGCCAGCCCUGUUAUCUUGCCUGUGAGCACUGUCCACCUGUUCAUGGCACCCUGUGACGGACGGCCUCACACCCACUAGCUCAUUACUGUAAGGUGGACCUGCUGAGUCCCAUAAGUAGCAUUUGAGGACUCUACUAUGUUCCUCACCAAAGACCUUGUGCCUCUUGUGAUCCCUCUGGUGGCUCUGCAGCCACCAUUUCUGCAUUUAAUCCUGGAAGCCCUGUAGAAUGGAUGGAGUUUGCUUUUGAAGCUGUUUUCCUCCUCGAAUGAUGGAUUUUUGCUUGAGAACCAAGAUGGUCAUUCGCACCUUAGAGCCGCACAGCUUCUCCCUCCCUGGUACAGAAGCACUCAAGACUUGGCUGCGAGCCCCUGUGAAGGGCACUCUGUUAGCGCGAGCUUGAGAAACUUGGCAUCUUCCUCUGGGUAGCUGGUAGCUUGACAUCAUGUCAGAGUAUCAAAGACAUGGGAGUCUUACAAAGACCGCAGAGAUGGGGACACAGAAAGGGCAGGUCCUCAGGGUCUGGCCUGAGCUUUGUCCAGAGUUUGUGGAAAUCCAGACAUUCUCCACAAACUGGGGCUGGCACACCACCCUGCAGAACAGCACUGCCAACUUCAUAGCAGAGGGUGGGUACCAGGGUGGGAAGUACCGACAAGGGCCUGCCUUUGGGUUUCAAGAGCAAGCAAGGAUUAGCUUUCUGGCUUUCUCUACCCCUCUUCCUCCCAAGCAAGGCCAAGCCCAGAGUCCUGCACACUUCCCUCUAGGGCCCCCAUAAAGCUGUUCCACAAACCACAGUUUCUGUUCCCUGUAGCAGGUGUGCCCUUAGUCACAUGAGGAAGGCUUAGUGAACAAAAUGGAAGCCUGGUAUCUAAGUGUGACUGUCAGGGCCUCAACUUCAACACAGUUAAUCAGACUGGGGUCCCUGCAGCCCCACUGCAGCAGGUCACCAGGCAUCUAUCCCCAGAACCUUGGAUUUUCACCAAGUUGGGCUGACCGCUGUUCCCUCCAUGAGGAAGCUAAGUGGUUUUUGCAGAUCUCAGUAAUGGAUGGAGAACGUGUCUCCCAUCUCUAGGGUCAAGAAAGACUCUUGCCACAAAGGUAAAAUGGAUAAGCUGCCAAUCCAAGACUGUUAAAGCCUCUGCCUGUUUCUCUUCACUUCUAACUGACUGUACUACCUACAUCCAGAAAAGAUGGCGGCCAAGCGUCUUCCAGCCCAUUCUCUGAGAUGCACAUUCUGCUGUGGGAAUCCUGUGGAAUCUUACCGGUUGUGGGGGGAGGGUACAGGUUUUCCCAGGGAGCUCUACACUCCCUCUUCCCCAGGAUCCCACUGCCUGUCAUCCCUAGCUGCUAGUGUGCUGUUAUAAGAAUGACUCACUGUAAAAGAACCUGCCCUGCAAAUGACUUAGAGACGAAAAUAAAAGGAACUUGACAUUUA